CCGCGCGGAGCCCAUCGCCGAUGCCGGAGGAGGGUUUCAUUCGCACCCUGUCCAGUGUCCGCCGUCCCAAAUCCUGGGCAGCCGGUCCAACUCGCCGCCGUUGUCAGCCAUGGCCUCCCAGCCGCCACCAUCAUCGCCAGCGUCGCCCACCACCAUAGCUUCUCUCCGCGCCGACCUCCUCCGCGAGGUCUUCCUCCGGCUGCCGGACCUCCCGACGCUCGUCUGCGCCGCCUCCACCUGCCGCGCCUUCCGCGCCGCCGUCCGCUCGUCCCCUUCCUUCCGCCGCAGUUUCCGCGCGCUCCACCCGCCGCCCCUCCUCGCCUUCGUCCUCGAGCCCUUCAUGGAGGUCAUCCCCGCCUUCUCCUCCGCCUGGCGCCGUUCAGAUCCGGACCUCGUCGCAGCCUUCGGCGCCACCGAUUUCUUCGACACCGACCACCUCUCGUACCAGUUCCAGGGACCCGGAUGGCAGAUCUGUUCCCGGCUUUGCAACUGCGACGGCUACGUCUGCCUCGUCAACGGGAGCAACGAGCUGAGAGCCGUGGAGGGAGUCGGCUACAACCUCUUAACGCAGUCCCUGUAUCUUUUCCUGCGUAUAGACCACAUUGACACCCACCUUGAGUUCCACAUGCUCCCCUCCAAAGAUGAUAGCCGGGGGCCGUCGUACCGUGUGAUCUGUGCCGGACCGCUCAUGGACACAGGCGAGCGCCGCGGUCUUCUCAUCAGACACCAUGGAGUGGCAAUUUUUCCCAAGGACUACGCUGCCGCUGCGUGAGUAUGGUACAGCCAAGGCCGGCAGGGUGGUGC